GCCGUUGGCGUAUGCGUGAUGCUUUUCACAUGCGCUUGAAGCGCUUGAACCGCAUCACACGAUUUGGGCGAUUGUAUUGCGAAUUUUGGCGCGAAAGUUAGUGCAACGUGUUUAACAGUCACUUGUGGUUUAGAUUAGUCUUCGUGAGAACAUGCCCCCCAAGAAAGCGACGAAACGAACUGCCUCCGCACCUCCGGCGGAGACUUCGGCGAAACACGCGAAGUACCCCAAGCAUAGAAAUGAAUUUGUGCCUGCACCCAAUUUGCCACAGCGGCAGACUGCAGGCUCAAUCCUGAGUUUUGGACAAGGAGAUGUUGGUCAGCUUGGGCUGGGUGAAGAUGUCCUCGAAAAAACGCGCCCUGCCGUCAUACCUGAUCAUGAAGAUAUCGUUGACAUAGCAGCAGGUGGUAUGCACAAUGCGUGUCUAAAUAAAGAUGGCAAAGUUUUGUCCUUUGGCUGCAAUGACGAGGGAGCGCUUGGACGAGACACUAGCAAAGAAGGCUCGGAGACUUUUCCAGGGUUUGUUAUGCUCCCGGAAAAAGCUGUACAGGUCACUGCUGGCGAUUCGCAUUCGGCGGCCCUCCUUGAGGAUGGCAGAGUAUUUGCAUGGGGCUCUUUCAGGGAUUCACAUGGAAAUAUGGGACUUACACCACGAGGAAAUGAGAGGCUCCCUGUGGAGAUAUUACCAGGUGUAAAAGUAAUUAAAAUCGCAUCUGGGGCUGACCAUCUAGUUCUACUAACACUCAAAGGUCAGGUUUAUACCUGUGGCUGUGCUGAGCAAGGGCAGCUUGGACGAGUAGCUGCAAGAUCAGCUGACCGAUACAGCCGGCAUGGGAUCACCCAUCUCUUAACUCCAGGGCUGAUUGCCCUUAAAGCAACAAAAAAGCUAUUAUUUCAAGAUAUUUGGACAGGAUUAUACUGUACAUUUGUGAAAGAAUAUCACCGCGGGGAGAUAUAUGUUUUUGGAUUAAACAAUUACUAUCAAAUAGGUCUUAGGGAAGCUAUCGUACAUCCUUAUCCUCAAAUUUCAAAGACCUUCAGCGGUCGUGCAUGGAAACAUAUCAGCAGCGGUCAACACCAUACUAUUGCCCUGGAUGAGAUGGGGCAGGUUUUCACUAUGGGACGGAAAGAAUAUGGCCGACUAGGCCUUGGACCAAAUUGCACAGAUGCCAAGGAACUUGUUCCAGUUCCAGCUCUUAAAUCAAUCAAAUGCAUAGACGCGUGUACGGGCAGUACACAAUCUUUUGCUGUCACCAGUACAGGAGAUUUAUAUGCUUGGGGGAUGGGUAGCAGUGGCCAGUUAGGCACAGGCAAAGAAGAGGACGUUGAGACACCAGUUGUUAUUAAAGGAAAACAACUAGAAUCAAGAACUGUCAUACGAGCAGCAGGUGGUGGUCAACACACAGUUAUUUUGGCUGUACCUCGACCAAUCAAGGAUGGAAUCACUGAUUAACUAUGGUGAUCUGACAAAAUUCCGGUGUAGCUCCGUUGAUGGCUCAUUUGUCUAUAUUUACUAUUGAUUUUUAAGAAAUUAUUGAAUGAUUUCGCGAGGUCUGUUGCCCUGGACAGUUGUUAAUGGAAAAGUAUUGAAGGUGCAUGUAAUCAAGCGUUGGCAGUGUACUAAGGUAUGUACUGAUACUUGCCCUCUUGCUACAACAAUUAAUUUUUUGUUUCCUCCGAGUCAAUUUGCUCGGUAAUAAAUAUUUUCAUACGAACAAACUUGAUUCAUACGAUAAUCGAGUAGUAGGGUCAGUAAGAAAGAAGCGGUAAUAUUAUGCUAUGAAAGAUGUAAAGAUUUUUCAUUGUCUUCAUUACUGUUUUGCUGCAUCUAUUGCUCUCGUGGAGCUACACUGCCCAGAAUGAAAUCCUAAUGAAGAUACGUCAUAAAAGACUGAAUGCUUUGCACGGACUUCUGUAAAGAUAGGACCGAUUGCACGCCAAAGACAAUAUUUUUUACUACAGUAAAUCGUGCGAUUACCAUACCUCGGAUAAUGCAUAUACCUGUACCCAACGUUGUUACAUAUAUCAAUAUACUGUUCACAAAACGUUA